GCCACCGUCCAAAACCAAAGCCCAACACAGAAAUGCGCGAAUGACGAGGCAAUGAACCAUAUUCAAAUGACGUUAACAUCCAAAAUCACAUCUGUCCCUUUCGUUUCAAUUUUGGCCACAUCUGCUCCACCACUAACACUAGUUCCGUGUGAGAUUCUCAAUCUCAUUUCCCCCAAUUUUUUUCCUCUCUCUCUCGCCAAAUCAACCAAGUUAAUUACUCACAAUGGCUGAUUGGGGACCAGUGUUAAUAGCGGUGGUUCUGUUCGUGCUCUUAUCGCCUGGGCUUCUGUUCCAAUUACCUGGCCAUGGAAGAGUGGUGGAGUUUGGUGGUAUGCAAACCAGCUGCCUCGCCAUUUUGGUACAUGCUGUCAUUUUCUUUGGCCUCAUCACUAUCUUACUCAUUGCCGUUGGCGUUCAUGUUUACGCCGGUUAAGUAUCCCACCACUCAUGCUCGGAUCUGUACUUUCUAUUUGUUGCUCUUUAAUUAUGUUCUACUUUAUGUUUCAUUGUUAAAUACAGGGACAGAUCUUUGUUUGUUCUAGUUAAAGCUAAUUUGUUGUUGUUUUA